AAUCUUACUGAUAGCGAGAACAGGAGAUGAAAGUGAAGUACAUGCAGCUUCUGAUUCAGUUAACAUUUUGUUAGAGGUUCGUAACACACCUCUGCAAAAUCCAACAAUAUUUCAUAACACUGUUUACCUUACAGGAACGACGGGGACCUUUAAAAACAUGCGUGAAUGCAUUUCCGUGCACGUUGGCCAGGCAGGCGUCCAAAUGGGCAAUGCAUGCUGGGAAUUGUAUUGUUUAGAACAUGGAAUUCAUCCGAACGGACUUCUGAUUGGUGGAAAAACGGCCACUGACGACGAGUCUUACAAUACAUUUUUCAGCGAGACAAGUCGCGGAAAACACGUGCCAAGGGCUGUCUAUGUAGAUUUAGAACCUAGUGUAGUCGACGAGGUGCGCACUGGCGAGUUUAAGCAACUUUUUCACCCAGACCAACUAAUAAGUGGGAAAGAAGACGCGGCAAAUAACUAUGCGCGUGGCCAUUACACUGUUGGAAAGGAGAUCAUUGAUCUCGUGCUCGACAAAAUACGAAAGAUGGCUGACCAUUGUGCGGGACUUCAAGGCUUUCUCGUGUUUCACAGUUUUGGCGGCGGAACCGGAAGUGGGUUUUCCUCACUUUUGAUGGAGAGACUUUCUGUAGACUACGGCAAGAAGUCAAAACUUGAGUUUGCUGUUUAUCCCGCACCACAGAUUUCUACGGCUGUAGUAGAACCUUACAACUCUAUACUGACCACACAUACCACACUGGAACAUUCAGACUGUGCAUUUAUGGUCGAUAAUGAAGCUAUUUACGACAUAUGCCGCAGGAAUCUAGAUAUCGAACAUCCUUCAUACAAAAAUUUGAAUCGUCUCAUAGGUCAGAUUGUAUCGUCCAUCACUGCUUCCCUUCGAUUUGAUGGUGCGCUCAAUGUUGAUCUGACAGAAUUUCAGACCAAUCUGGUGCCGUAUCCAAGAAUUCAUUUUCCAUUGGUCACAUAUGCACCAAUUUGUUCAGCUGAGAAAGCCUUCCAUGAACAGAUGUCAGUGCAAGAAGUAACAAACGCAUGUUUCGAGCCAGCCAAUCAGAUGGUGAAGUGUGAUCCACGUCAUGGGAAAUACAUGGCUUGUUGUAUGCUGUACAGAGGAGAUGUCGUGCCAAAAGAUGUCAAUGCCGCCAUUGCUAACAUCAAGACAAAGCGAAAUAUACAGUUUGUUGACUGGUGCCCAACGGGGUUCAAGGUCGGAAUAAACUAUCAACCACCAACAAGUGUGCCAGGGGGUGACCUAGCUACCGUACAGAGAGCAGUGUGCAUGCUGAGCAACACAACUGCUAUUGCAGAAGCCUGGGCUAGACUAGAUCAUAAAUUUGAUUUGAUGUAUGCCAAGCGUGCCUUCGUGCAUUGGUAUGUCGGUGAAGGAAUGGAGGAAGGAGAGUUUUCCGAAGCACGUGAAGAUCUCGCGGCCCUCGAAAAAGACUAUGAAGAAGUUGGUGUCGACUCUAUCGUUGAUGACGAUGGUAAUGAAGAUGAGGAGGAAUACUAAGCAACGAACGUCAUCGCUUUAUCAAUAUUUAUAUGAAAAUAAAGUUCUAGCUUUAUAAUAUAUAUUAAUGUAAGCCUAGGAUCAUUUGCUAUAUUUUGUGAAUUCUUGUGAGCACCAGUAAACAGACUAGACUGUAACCAAAGAGCUAUAAAAAUAAUAUUUAUACUUCUUUGCUGUAACUGACCAAAUCGAAAAUACUGUCUUUUGCAAAUCAUGAAUAAAUUAUUAGACUCAGA